CCAGCUACACACUACAAAGUUAGAGAAGAUCGCACAGAAGAGCGAAGCAGCACCAUGGACUACAGCAGGCUGAAUGCCAACAUCAACACGGGCAACAUCAGCACCGACGACUUUCUGGCCGUGUUCACGACCAGCUCCACAGCCGCCACUGGCGGGCCGCCCAAUGGCACGCGAUACCCGGAGAGUGCCACCCUCAAUCCCCCGCUCCUAACCGUCGACGGCCAGCUGACGGUGCCGGGCCUUCUCGACCAGUCCCCAACGGGGUCGGGAGCAGGCUAUAUCAAUGUGAACGACACGAUAUAUCUGCUCAAUGGGAGCUUCUACAAUAGCACCCUACAGCUGGCGGGGAGCUACUACAACCAGAGCGGCGGAGCGGGAAACCUGAGUGGGGGAUAUGGACUCAUGGGUAACGGCAGCAAUAUCACGGAAGUGCACUGGGACGGACGCUAUCCGAGCGGGUACACGCUCACCCACAUAGUGAUUGCCUCGAUCAUUGUGACCAUCCUGAUGAUCAUCAUCGUGGUGGGCAACAUGCUGGUAAUCAUCGCCAUUGCGACGGAGAAGUCGCUGAAGAACAUCCAGAACUGGUUCAUCGCCUCGCUGGCCGUGGCCGACUUCUUUCUGGGCCUCAUCAUAAUGCCCUUCUCGCUGGCAAAUGAGCUGAUGGGCUACUGGAUCUUCGGCAGCUGGUGGUGCGACAUUCACUCGGCCAUGGACGUCCUGCUCUGCACCGCCUCGAUCAUGAACCUCUGCCUCAUCUCGCUGGAUCGCUACUGGAGCAUCACCAAGGCCGUCGACUAUCUCAAGUCGCGGACGCCGGCCCGUGCCGCUGUCAUGAUUACUGCGGUGUGGAUUAUGUCGGCACUCAUCUGCAUACCCCCGCUGCUGGGGUGGAAGGUAAAGAUGCCCGAGGGACCGCUGCCCAAGUGCGAGUUGAGCGAGGACAUCGGCUAUGUGCUGUACUCGGCCCUGGGCUCCUUCUAUAUCCCCAGCUGCAUCAUGGUCUUUGUGUACAUACGAAUUUACUUUGCCGCCAAGGCGCGGGCGCGGCGAGGCAUCAAAAAGCAUCCGCGCAAAACAAACAACGAACAGGUAACGAGCUUCACCACCGCCAACAAGAAAGGAACAAUACCGAUGCCAUCCUCCAGCGCCGCCUCCGCGCUGCAGCUGCACCAGCAGCGACAGAUAGCCACCAUUGAGACACCACCGAACAGUGCCACGCUGCCGAUGCAAAUACCAACGGUAACCAUGGACCUGGCCUCGGACAUAUCCACCUCCGAGGCGGGGGAGCUGGAGGCUGUUGCAGCACAGACAGUGCUCGCCUACUCGGCCAAUCCCAAUUGUGGCGCGAAUGCGAAUGCGGUCACCGUGUCAGCUGGCCAGCUAUGCUCCCCCAGCUCGCCGAAGGAGACGCUUCAGGUCAGCACCAUAGCCACGGGCCGCGUUGGCCUCAAUGUGCCCGUGCCCCCGUCCAUGGGCAGCAACAACUCCAUCAACGCCCUCAACAACAACAAUGGAAGUGUGGAGGCUGCCAACAACGCGGGCGGCGGCGUGGGCGGGGCCAGUGGAGCCGCAUUGGGGACUACAGUGACGUCCAGCAACGAGCUGAGAGUGUCGCCGAUCGGCGGACGCUGUCGAGCGCUAUCCGUGGGCGUUGACACGGACAUGGUGAGUGAAUUCGAUCCUUCCAGCUCGGACUCGGGCGUAGUCAGUCGCUGUGCCGUGGUCAAGCCGCUCAAGUUUCGCCUUUGCCAGCCGAUCUUUGGACGCAAAUCGAACCAGCAGCGGCGCAACGAAUCGAAGGCCGCUGCCGCCGCGGCGUCAGCCAAAAGUCCCACCCCUUCUGCCGCGGCGGUAGCCAAAAACCAGCAGCAGCAGCAGGUGGUCAAGGCCGAGCUUGAGCCAGCCAUUCCCAAGACGCCGAAGCCGCGGGAUCCCGAAAAGGAGAAGCGACGGAUCGCCCGCAAGAAGGAGAAGCGGGCCACACUCAUCCUGGGCCUGAUCAUGGGCAGCUUCAUUGCCUGCUGGCUGCCCUUCUUCUUCUUGUACAUCCUGGUGCCGGCCUGUAGUAGCCACUGCAACAUCCCCGAGUCAGCGUUCGCCAUCGCUUUCUGGCUGGGCUACAUGAACUCGGCCCUCAAUCCGGCCAUUUACACCAUCUUCAACAAGGACUUCCGGCGCGCCUUCAGGCGCAUCCUGUUCAAGUGAUGUUUGGCCUACGUGUGCUGUUACAGGUGCGUUUAUGCGAGCAUCGAGAAGGCUACCGAACGUGCCAUGGGCAGCACACCCAUGGGCUAUGGACAUGGCUCGUAUCAGCAUUACAGGCGUUAGAUUUGCUUCGGUUUGGUAAUACCUCAGUCCCGAUCCACUAACCCCAAUUUCCCGAUGCGUGGGUAUAUUUUUCUUUAAAAAGUAACGAACAUUGUAGCUCAUUUCAAAAGCAAUGAACGGCUGUGAAUUUGAUGGAAUCUCUCAAUUUCAAUUUACGCAUUUUUGGUUUCGUUUCGUUUCUCGAGUACCCUUGAACCCAGCUCCCAGUCCUUCCCCACAAGAGAAGCAGCCCGCAGCCCGCAGGCCGCAGCCUGCAGCCCGCAAUCCGAAUACCGAACUCGAACCCAAACACUUUUCACACUCGAAGAGCUCAUAGAAAUGCAUGAGCAGGGCAAACAAGAAUUUCAGCUAAGCAAACAUCUAUUAUGCGGCCUCAAUGGAUGUCGACUGCGGCGUCUAUGGCCAUUCAACUUGAAAUAAUUUCGCAAAUUUCCAUUUGUGGCUGCAUUGGGAAUGGCACAAGUCCCAGCCAGGUCGGUUUGCAGGCUUCAAGUCCGUGAUGGACAGCGGCGCAAUCUGCAAACGUGCUAACAGGCAGGUAGCCCCAAUCCAAUGGCCUGCAGACCACCAUUGUGUUGGGCGCCAAUCCUAGCUGAGGUCAACAAGUUAGGUCAACGGGAUUGCUAUGAUGAUGAUUAUGAUGAUAAUGAUGAUGGUUGCAACAAAUUAAUUUGAUUUCUAUUUAAUAUUUUGGCAAAGGCCUCUGGCUCCUCACGCUGGCUCUCUCUCGCUCUUUCUCUGUGAUUCAUGUCGAAAUGCAAUUCUAAUGCCGCAGUUUGGCUGGCGGCCAGAUCAAUAAUUCCAUAUGCACAUAAAUGUAAAGUACUCGUGCGAGUACUAGUACGAGUACGAGUACGAGUAUAGUCCUGCGCAGCCGGCACAUAAUUUGUUGUAACAAAGUGAGUGCACACACCGAUACUGGAACACACACCAGUUCAGAGACACCGCCAUCGACAUCGGUGCGGAGAUAGAUUCCACAAGGCAGCUGCAGUUUUAGUCAUGCACUCAAAGAUAUAUCACUUGGAGAAAAAUAAACGAAAUAUAUGGAACCACCCCGAAUGCCUAAUGGGCACACACAGAUGCAAAUGUAGCCAUCCACUACUCACCAUUUUCCCAUCCAUUUCCUACUUUAGCUCUCGGCCAAGGCAUCAGAAAAUGCAUGUGACCGUCCGAGUGGAAUAGACAGCCCGUCAUCCAGUCGGAUGGGCGGACGGACAGACGGAGAGGGAGACCCAUCGUCAAACGAAACACUACAAUGACACGGAGACAGAACCAGGGAAAGAGGCAGUCAGUCAGUCAGUCCGACAGACAGACACCGUUUUUGGCAUAUGGCCCAAAACGGCUCUCCAUUUCGUUUGGCUUGUUUUCCCUGCCAAAGCCAAAGCCAAAAACUGGAAUGGAAUAUCUACAAAACGAGCCCAAAAUCCUCCACAGAUAUUCCAUGCAUACAUUUUAUGUACAAUUUAUUUUACUUUCUCUGUGAUGUCUUUAUCGCUCAUAUUUCUUGGACACUUUGUGGCAAGGUGCAACUAAAUCUUUGUGGGAUCGCCCAGGCAAUCGUCAAUCGCCGCUACAAGUCUGUAAUCACCGUGUUCUGUGACCAUCAAAUUUAUCGCCGCUUUUAGCAUCUCUUCUCACUUCACAGCUUAUUGGCCCUUUCAACACAUGCCGGCAUGCCUGAUAGAUCAAAUUUAUAGCCUCGGCCUCGGCCAUAGGCUAAGUGCUGGCGGUUUCCUUAGACCUUUUAAAAUUGUUUAAGAGGGCAUAAAUAAUAGCUACGACCGAAAUCUGUCAGCCAGCUGGAGAAUGUGCAUGUGUUUCAUUUGAAUAAAUGGAAAUCGAAGCAAGAACUUUGAUGGUGUUGAAAGACAAACACAUUGAAAGCUCUUGGUCUGGGGCCGGGUGCAUGCUUUUUUAUGGAUCACGUUCUUCCUGCCGCCCUCUCUGUCUGUACUUUUUGGCAUUGUCAGCAAUGUGUGUACAACAACUGCACUCAAAUGACAAUUUGAACAACGACAGCCAGUCCAACAAUGCGAGUAACAGCUACAACAACUACAACCAACUAAAUGGUAGAACAAAAACAAAAACGAAAAAAAGGGAGCGUCGGGCACAAGGCGAAAUCGAAAACAAUUGAAAUCGACGGCAAGGCAAACCAGGCAGGACCUGCCACUGGGGGAGGCACAUUAAAAUGCGCGACACACACAUGCUCAACACACUCUUACAGAGCAACACACUCUUACACUCCCACACACCUAUA